GCUUCCGGAUCGGGCUGCGGGUCGGAAGCUGCUGGGUGCGUGUCCAGAGCCAUGGCAACGCAGGGUCAGCCGGAGGGUGAGUUCCAGACCCGGCUGCAGCAGGCCAUCCGCUACAAAGCCGAGGGCAACCAGCACUACAAGCAGAAGAGGGUGCGGGAGGCGAUCAGCAGGUACCACUGGGCGCUCAUGCACCUGAGGGGUCUGGACCCCCAGGAGCCCACCCCACUGCAGGCAUUCGGGGGCGAGAAGGGCAAGCUCAGCCCCGAGCAGGCCGAGUUGCUCCACAGCGUCGAGUGCGACUGUUACAACAACUUAGCCGCCUGCCUCCUACUGUCGGAGAAGGUGAACUACGAGCGGGUGAGGGACUAUUGUCUGAAGGUGCUGGAGAGGCAGGAGGACAACACCAAGGCCUUGUACCGAGCAGGGGUGGCCCUCUACAACAUCGGCGACUACGAGCAAGCACGACACUACCUCACCAGAGCUGCCAAGAUCUGCCCCAACGAUGCCAACGUGAAGCGGUUCCUUCAGCAGGCAGAGCAGCACCUGAACCAGUACCACCAGAAGGAGAAGUCAAUGUACAGGGGCAUGUUUGGCAAAUGACUGCGCACAGGCGGGUCCGGGUGCUACAGGCGUGCCCCACACACCGAAAACAAGACUCCCUGUGAGCUUCUGACCCACGGACAGUGCCACCCAACUACCGACAGGACGAGGAAGCUCUGCAACAAUGUCUGCUGGCCUCUCACCAAAUGCCAUGUGUCUGGGCUCCCAUUAAAUCCAGCUGCAAGGGUUUGCUUUUAACUUUCAAACUACAACUGAAGCUUUCUCAUGGUCCAAAUGGUGUGUGAUGAGUGUUUUUAUUUCUGUACGGAUUCCUCCUAUUCUCUCACUAACCCCCAACCCCAGAGUGUGUGAUAAAAUGGUGCAAUUCUUGCAUCCGCCCCUCAGAAUUGCCCGGCUAUUUAAUACCACGACUGAUCAAAUUGUAAACUCUGCAUUUCUACCUCCUCUCCGAAACUUUCACCUCACCCCCUAAACUUUCACAUGGCCCAAAACUUUCACACCUCCCUUCACACCUCCGCUGUAAACUUUAACCCCCCCCCAACUUUCACACACCCCCAAACCGUUGCCCCCUCUCUGCAUAGCCCCACAUGAACCUCUCUGUGUCACUCCCUUAAACUGUCCCCCCUCCCCAGACUCUCGCACCCCCCCCCCCUCCAGCUCAUCAAGACCCCUUGUCCCACUGCCUUAAUAGACUCUGCUCCCACUGCCCUUUGAGGAAGACAGUUCCAAGGCCUCGCCGUCCUGUGAAAGAAUUUUGACUCGUUUCAAACACUGACCCAGUGCCUAGAUUCACAGGGGGAAAUAUCCUCUCUGCACUCACCCUGUCAAGAUCUCAUACUCUUCACAGCGGCACGGUAGCGUAGCGGUUAGUGUGACGCUAUUACAGCGCCAGCGAUCGGGGUUCGAUUCCCGCCGCUGUCUGUAAGGAGUUUGUACGUUCUCCCUGUGUCUGCGUGGGUUUCCUCCGGGUGCUCCGGUUUCCUCCCACAUUCCAAAGACGCACGGGUAGGUUAACAUGGGUUUAAAAUGGGCGGCGCGGACUCGUUGGGCAGGAAGAGCCUGUUACCAUGCUGUAAAUAAAAAAAAACUCCCCUCUCAUUCCAGCCUGUCCACGUUUCUCAUCGACAACCUUCCUUAAAUAAGGAGAUCGGUACGGUGGACGGUUCUCCAGAUUUGAUCUCACCACUCACCGAUAUAACUCGAGCCAUGGUCUGGCCUCAGUGGACACACAAGGUCCCAAGGGCGGUGUUAAGAGAGGGUCCAGGAGUUUCCCCGUUAGUCUGCAUCAUUAAAAUCGAGUCACCCUCCCGUGGGAGCUCGCUGUGCGCAAAUGGGCCGCAGUGCUUCCUGCAGUAAAACAUGGACUUUAACACAACUUGGUGGUAAAACAGUGGUCUCGUUAUCACCGUCUGUCCCAGCUUCCCCUCCCCAAGUUGUGCCAAUA